AUGGAAAUAGUUGAAAUCUGUUCAAAUAUUGAUAAUGAGGCUACUGAUAUGUUUAUAAAACCUAGAAGUAUUAAUUUUACAAGCUUUUGGUCAUUCCAUCCUCAUCAACCGAAAACCAACAUUCCAUUCAGACCUUCAAAAUUGUACAACCGUAAGGAUGGAGGUCAUCGUAAAUGGAUAUCUUAUUGUGUUAAGAAAAAAGCUUUAUUUUGCAAUAUAUGUCUUUGUUAUGGUGAUGGUUCUGGAUCAUUUUCCAAAGGAUUUUCUGUCUGGAAACAUGUAUAUGAGCGAGUCAGUGAUCACGAAGAAACAAUAACACACAAAUUAAAUGUUGAUGCUCAUUUGAUGAAAAAGCAAUUUUCUUCAGUGGAUUCACUUUUAACACACGGACUUGGUUCAAUAAGAAAAAUACAAGUUGAAAACAAUCGGAAUGUAUUACUUCGUCUUAUUGAUGUGUUAAAGUUAAUUGGAAAGCGCGGACUAAGUUAUAGAGGUAAAACAAAUGAGGCUGCUUAUUCACUCGACGAUACUUCCUUAGACCAUGGCAAUUUUUUGGAAAUAACUUUACUUAUUAGUAAAUAUGAUUCCUUGCUUAAAUCACAUUUAGAUAAAGUUGUAAAAAAAAGUUUAAAAUGUUAUAAUUCUGGAGCCAAACAAGGAGGAGGUCAAGUUACUUUUUUAUCAAAAACUACAAUUAAUUAUAUUCCUGAAAUUAUUGCUAAAAAUAUCAAAUUUACAAUUUCUAAUGAAGUGAAAGAUGCUGUAAUAUAUUCUGUACAACUCGAUACAACACAAGAUAUAUCUGUUACAGAUCAAUGCUCAAUAAUAUUAAGAUAUGUAAAUGGUACAUCUGUCUUUGAAAGAUUAGUUGGUAUGGUAAGGUGUAGCUCAAGUAAAGGCUCCGAUUUUGUUGAGUUACUCUUAAAAGUUCUCAAAGAUAUGAAUCUAGACCCAAAAUGCUGUAUAGGAAACGCAACCUACGGAGCUGCAAAUAUGCAAGGAGUUUAUAAUGGAUUUUCCACGAAAAUGAGCGAAGCAACAGUUGAACAAGUACAUGUAUGGUGUUAUGCACAUGUAUUAAAUUUAGUUAUUAGUGAUAUUACAAGCAAAAUUGUCCAAUCUAUUUCUUUGUUUGGUAUCUUGCAAGGAUGUGCGGUAUUUAUACGUGAGUCAUAUAAACGUAUGGACAUAUGGACAACCAAAAAUUCCAAAAAAAAAUAUGUACAAUCGGCGAAACAAGAUGGUGGUCCAAAGAUGCAGCAUUGA